UGCUUGAUGUGCACAAGUUGCCGGCGUGGCGACGUAAACGUGUCUUGUUGUAUUACAUCAUCAUCCUCGCACGAAUUAACAAUGUUAGUGCUCCUAAUUGCGAUAUGCAUCCUUUCCAGUGUGCAUGCCACAAAACUCGAGAGGGUGCACGAUAAUGAACUCCUGAAUCUCAUAAAAGUCGAAAAAUAUGUGAUCGUUCUAUUUACAACUAGUACAGACUGUGCAGACUGUAACAAUUAUGAAAAGAAGUUGGCUCACUUGCGUGAGGAUCUCGUGGAUGUCAUGUCCACAUGGGUUGUUAAGGCUAUUGAUAGUCAAUUACUCCAAUUAUAUAGUAAUGAUAGAGAACCUGUUCUAAUAUUUUUCCGACAUGGGCUUCCUUUGUUGUAUGAUGGACCUUUGGAGGACGAAGACAUUAUAACUACGUUUACGGAAAAUAAAGCACCCACAGUAAAGGAACUUACAGAUGAUACGUUUGAGCAUUUAACUCAAGCAAGCACUGGUGCUACAACUGGCGAUUGGUUCGUUAUGUUUUACAGUACGGAUUGCGUACAAUGCUUGCGCACAAUGGCAAAAUGGGAAAUGGUCGGUGCCAAGCUUAAACAUAAAGUAAAUAUAGCACUUGUUAAUAAAGCCACAACUGGGAUUUCCACAGCCAGAAGAUUUAACAUUUAUAAUACGCCACAAUUUAUACUUUUUAGGCAUGGUAAAAUGUAUCGGUAUGAUAUGGGAACACAUGAUGUUGCUUCCUUUGUAGCAUUCGCCAAAGAAGGAUACAAAGAUAUAAAACCAGAAGAAAUACCUGCACUUCCAAGCUAUUUUGAUGAGUACACAAAAAUAAUUAUAACGUUUUUGUAUGAUAAUCCGUGGACACUCAAGUUAGCUAGCAUUUGCAUUGGAGUGCUGGUUAUUGUUCUAGCAACUAUUAAAUGUAUGCAAUCAGAUGAAAAAGAAGAUAAAGAAGAGGAUAAAGAAGACUAAAUCUAUUAAGUACUUUCAAGGCUUGCCAAAAAUACAGUAUGAAUAUUUCUUUGUACA